AUGGAGAACCAGUUCUUUGUCAGUGCUCAAGGAAUUCCACCGCUCGGACCGCCAUUUCACUUCGGGCAGUCCCUAUCUUCAGCCAUGGAAAUUCAAGCUCCGGAGCUGAUUUCAUCAGAUUACGGUCUACAGUUCGAGUCGGGUUCCAGUACCUCCAACGACAUAUUCAUGUUCAGGGAACUGCUGGGCAAGCCGGGGAGCAUCGAUAACUCCGGCGACAUCUCCCCACACCCCUUAAUGGCUUCUUCUUCUUCUUACAUCAAUGGAAACGACAGCACCAACACUUCUUGUUACAGCACCCCGUUGAAUUCUCCUCCUAAAUUGAACUUGCCGGUGAUGGACGGUACGGUCACGGAGAAGCUUCCCGGUUUGGGAAAAUCAAUGGGGAUGAAUUCCAGUGUGGCGGAUUUCUCGGCCGAUCCUGGAUUUGCAGAGAGAGCGGCGAAAUUCUCUUGUUUCGGAAGCCGGAGUUUCAACGGCCGGACUAGUCAACUCGGACUCAACAACAAUUAUAAUGAAAUCUCUGGUUACAGAUCUAAUCCAUCUUCGUCAAAUGCCAAGCUACCUCGUGUUUCCAGUAGUCCCUCUUUAAAGGCAAUGGCGGCGUCUCAUAUUGGUUACAAGAGUAAUACCCCAUUGCAGGAUCGAUCCGAGUUAGCCAGUUCUCAAGAGGAAUCCUCCAUUACUAAUGGCGAUCCUGGUUUCAAAGCUUCGAAAAGGACGAAUUCAAGGAAAAGAAAAACGGUUCCCGAAGCAAAAGCAAAUCAGAAUUCAACAUCUCCAUCGACAAAUUUCCAGAUGACUGAACAAAACGAAGAAUCAAAGGAGAAGCGAUGCAAGUCAACAGAAAGCAAUGGGAACCAAAAUGGUUCAGUCAAAACAGAGGAAGAAUCAAAAGGAAAUGCAAACACAAAACCUCCCGAGCCUCCCAAAGACUACAUUCACGUUAGAGCAAGAAGGGGCCAAGCCACUGACAACCAUAGUUUAGCUGAACGAGUCCGUAGAGAGAAAAUCAGUGAGAGAAUGAAGCUUCUGCAAAAUCUUGUUCCUGGGUGCAACAAGGUAACCGGAAAAGCCUUAAUGCUGGAUGAAAUCAUAAACUACGUUCAAUCAUUCCAGCGUCAAGUUGAGUUCCUUUCAAUGAAGCUAGCUUCAGUGAAUACCGGGGUGGAUUUUAAAGUGGAUGGUUUAAUGCCAAAGGGUGUAUUUCAAUCAAACAACAACAGUUUGACACAUCAGAUAUUCCCAAUAGAUUCCUCGGCAUCACCCAUUUUUGGACACCCGACCCACCCAAAUCCAGCACCGCAUGGGACAGCGACCCAUUCCUUAGGGGACCCAAAUCAGACUCUACCUCCGUACCUAACAUUCUGUGAGGGUGACCUGCAAACCAUAGUUGAGACGGGGAUUGGCCAAAAUCAAAGCAGGGCAGAGAAUUUCCAGGGGUCAGGUCAGAUGAAACUUGAGCUCUAG